AUGUUUCUGAGGGCAAGUUCGUUUAACCCCUUAUGGAGAACUAGCUUUCUAAUGACUAACUACUUGAGACCAGCAACUUCACAAAUUUCUCUGUUUUCUUUAGUACAAAAAUCGAUGGUGCAGCUGAUAUAGACUGGGAUGCUAUCGAUUCGAAAUCUAUUAAAAAGUUAACAAGUUAUCAUAUGUAGAGUAAAUUGUACAAUCAGUUGUCUGACCAAUAACAAAACCACUUGCCAUAAAGCAGGCAAAGAAAACCAGGAGACUUGAAAGAGAAGUCAAUAGAGAACCAAUAUCAGAGGAAAAUCAGAAAAUUGUAGCUCAUUGUGAAGUAUAGCAAAUCACCUAUCCCCAAGACCCUUAUGGGAUAUUUGCUAUAGUUCAGGUUGCUGGAAAUCAGUAUAAAAUUACCAAAGACUCCACCAUACUCUUGGAAAAGACCCCUUUCAAUGUAGGAGACCAGAUUGUCAUCGAACAGGUUAUCAUGAUUGGGGCUAAGGAAUACACCAGUAUUGGUAGACCUUUUAUAGAAACAACAAAAGUCUAUGCCACAGUAGAAGAAAGCAGAACUUAUAAAGUCACCAUUUUCAAUAAGAAACUUA